GGCAGUUUACAUGUUGUUUUGCUUCGUUAGCGGCUAACCGGCGUAUUAAAGCGUAUUAAAGUGAAUUACAAUGGCUGCCGAGUGCUCUCAAGAGGCAGUGCUGUGUUUUCUGAAGGAGAGAGGCGGCAAAGUGAAAAACACGGAUUUAAUAGAGCAUUUUAAGGCCGUUUUCCCGGAGGAACCGGAGGAGAAAGCGGCUGUCCGUAAGUCGUUUAAAAACUUCGUUGACAAUGUUGCUUUUGUAAAAACCGAGAGUGGAGUUAAAUAUGUCUGUCUGAAGAAGAAGUUUCGCGGUUUGGAGAACCGUUACCAUAGUCACGGUGAUGACGUAGCGGGGGAGCCAGCCCUGCAGCCGCACGUGCAACAACAACAACCUCCACCUGGCUCAGGUUACGGAAAUGACAGCCAGGUAAGAGUUCCGCAUUUUUCCUCAUCUGCAACCAUUUACCAGGACAAAGCAGACGACGGAAGUCCUGAGUCCAGGUGUCCUGAGUUUGUUUGCAUAGUUGAGGAGGUGGACAGCUGCUCAGGUGAGAUGGGGAACAGAACCAGCUUCUGGGGGGAGAAGAGGGAGUCAAAGAAGUCUGAAAAAGCUCCUGACAUACCAGAGAUUGCAGUGAUUGAAGCUUCGCCGCUCCCUGCUGAGGGAUCUAUGUUCACUCUGCCUGGGCCUGCACAAACUGGUCCUACGGGACAGGAAGGACUCAGUCCCAGAGACACACAGGUUGAGACUCUUUCCCCAGAAGCCCUCAAGGAUGCCGAGCAGGUGACUGGGUGCAGGUAUGAGUCAGACGACGGAGAGGACGAGGGACAUUUGGACGUGCACAGCUUGUCUGGGAGCGAAGACACCAGCAGCCCAAAAGGCAGCCGGAAACACUUCAUCGAGGUCAUGAUGAACAGCUCGCCACAGGUGAGGCGCAGCAUGGUGUACCGCGGCUCCGUGUACCUGUCCUCCAGGAGCGACAGCGACUCGCUCUCCCUGGUGUCCAUUGACGACAGGACGUCGGUGGCGCUGGACCCGCUGGAACACGAGUGGAUGAUGUGUGCUUCGGACGGAGAGUGGGGCAGCCUGUGCAACCUCCUCGCCACCGAGCCCGGCCUCCUCCUGAAGAAGGAUUUCGUCACUGGUUUCACUUGCCUGCACUGGGCGGCCAAGCAGGACAAACCCGAACUCAUAGCGCUGAUCAUUAAUUUUGCCAAACAGCACAAUGUUCCCAUCAGUGUGGACGUGCGGUCCAACACGGGCUACACGCCGCUGCACAUCGCCGCCAUGCACAACCACAUGGAUGUGGUGAAGCUCCUGGUGGGGGCCUACAACGCCGACGUGGAGAUCAGGGACUACAGCGGGAGGAAGGCCUGCCAGUACCUUACCGACAACGUCAGCGUGGACAUUCGGGACAUCAUCGGAGCGUACGAGCGUUCGGAUCCAGAGGACGCACACGGCAAGGAUGGGGGGCGCUGGAGGUUCUCCAAAGUCCUCCAGUCUAAACCCCUCAGACUCCUCAACCCCUCAGACUGUGACUAUGUAGACGGGGAGGCUCGGCCCAGAGAGAAGCCCCUCAGGAGGAAGUCUUCCUUCAGCAGGAUGAAGCCCAAACUGCAGAAGCUCCGCAGGAGGACGUCCCAGAUCGUCCACAGCGUGUCCUUCCAUGACACCGAGGAGGGGGAGGGUUCUAGGAGAGAGUCCUUCAAGACCAGGCCCAAGACACAUUUCUUCGGGUGAGAUCAGUUCUGGCACAGGGACAUUCUGUAGCUCAAAACUUGAUUUUUUUUUUAAUGCAAAACUUUUAUCUUUUGAUAGAUUUGUUAUCCAAGGGAACAUACUUAAUAUAAUAAUGUGAUCUAAUAGUAGAAAUGCCCAGCAGGCUGUUUAUUUUAGAUAGAUUAUUGAUCGUUACCUUCUCAAAUUUCAUUUAAUGCGUAUUUUAGGGCUGGGCGAUAUGGACCAAAAGUCAUAUCCCGAUAUAUUUAGGCUGAAUGUCGAUAUAUGAUAUAUAUCCCAAUAUUUUUAUCCCAAAGUGAGAGCAAAUGUUCAUUCAAAGUCAAAUAUGACAUGUCACAAGUAGUUUUAUUGAAACUG